AUGGGGGGAGGGGGGCUUACAUACAGGGGGCCCGGCCGCCUGGUGCACCCGGGCGGGCGUCUCCCCGGGGCCGGCUCUCCCGCGGAGGCCACCGGCUCCCGAGCCCCGCGCGCCCGGCCCCGCGCCGCCGCCCGCCGGGUGAUGGAUGGCCGCGGAGCCGGCGGCCUGUCAGGCCUUAUUGAUGAGGUGCGCGCCGACGGCCGCCGCGUAACCCGAGGCGGCGGGAGGCGAGCGCGGGGAGGCGGGCGGGCGGGCGCAGACUCGGCGGCGCUCGGGGUCAGCCCCGGCCGGCCGCCCCCGCCCCUGCGGCGCGCCCGGGCCCCGGCUCGGCUCCCGGAGGGGGUGGCGGGCGCGGAAGCGCGUCCGGGGCCAGGAGCCCCGUGCGCGGCCCCGCUUCCUCCCCGCAGGCGCCUCGCUCCCGCCCCCGGCUCCUCGGCGCCCGCGCCCCUGCCCCUGCGGCGGCCGCGGCCUGGCCCCGGAGACCCCCUACCGCUCGCCCGCGCCCGCAGCUCGGCUCUUACCGGGGCGCCAGGGCCGUACCAGCGUCCAGGCCGCGGCGACCGCCCGCGCUCCCCCGGGGAGACAGGGCCACCCCCGCGGGUCGGGGCGCGCGCGCCCUUGAGGCGGGACUCAGCCGCCGCUCACGUAGCCGGCGGCUGA